GCGGGGAGGUGGCAUCGGGGCCUUGUUCGGGACACCCCCGCGAGCGGCAAAGGGGAGGGGUAACGCUCGUUUUAAGGGGAGGGGGGAUGUUAAGGCUCCCGUGUUUUGCUGGUAAGCGAGAGCUAGCCGUGCUGUAGGCUGGCCUACAGCUCCUGGAGAGACAGAGGACCAUUGUGAGGCGCUGGGUUGAUCCGGCGCGGUAGUCCCGUUGCGGAGCCACUGGGCUGGAAUGCGGGCCGCCUGAGGUCGGAGCCGGUCCGGUCUCGGUUCUCUAAUGAUCUUGCUUCACCAUGGCAACCAAUAUGGAGGUGCUGGCUCAGCAGGUAGUGGAGACUCAGCAGGUGGCUGAGGAAAUGCACCGUGGUAACAUAGUGUGAUGGUUGUAUCUUGCCACUGGAGAGAUCGCUCCAUCUCAAGAGUGUAUGAAGCUCUGUGAUUUCUUCCUGGCCGGUGCAGACUGUUCAGACUUCGCUAUCUGAAUCACCAGUGAUGACCAGCCCUUCCCAACGUAUCCAGAUAAUUUCCACAGACUCCUCUGUAGCUUCACCACAACGCAUUCAGAUUGUGACAGAUCAGCAAACAGGUCAAAAAAUCCAAAUAGUGACAGCAGUGGACUCAGCUGUGUCUCCAAAGCAACAGUUUAUUUUAGCCAGUCCAGAUGGAACUGGUGCAGGAAAGGUGAUAUUGGCAGCACCUGAGACAUCCAACGCCAAACAGCUUAUCUUUACCACCACGGACAACAUUGUGCCAGGCAGAAUUCAGAUAGUGACAGACUCUGCUUCGGUGGAACGUUUGCUGGGAAAAGCUGAUGUUCAGCGGCCCCAGGUAGUAGAAUAUUGCGUAGUCUGUGGCGAUAAAGCAUCAGGUCGUCACUAUGGUGCUGUCAGUUGUGAGGGAUGCAAAGGUUUCUUUAAAAGGAGUGUGAGGAAGAACUUGACCUACAGUUGUCGUAGCAACCAGGACUGUAUCAUCAAUAAACACCAUCGGAAUCGUUGCCAGUUUUGUAGGCUUAAGAAAUGUCUAGAGAUGGGCAUGAAAAUGGAAUCGGUUCAAAGUGAAAGAAAGCCUUUUGAUGUGCAACGUGAAAAACCAACCAACUGUGCAGCUUCCACUGAAAAAAUCUAUAUCAGAAAAGAUCUACGAAGCCCUCUAAUAGCAACUCCAACAUUUGUAGCAGAUAAAGAUGGGACGCGGUCAGCAGGUCUUCUUGAUCCGGGAAUGCUUGUGAAUAUUCAGCAGCCUUUGAUCAGGGAUGAUGGUACAGUCCUCCUAGCUGCUGACUCCAAGGCUGAAACAAGCCAGGGUGCUUUAGGAACACUAGCAAAUGUUGUAACAUCUCUUGCUAAUCUCAGCGAGUCACUAAAUAAUGGAGAUACUUCUGAAGUUCAACAAGAAGAGCAAUCUGCAAGUGAGAUUACACGGGCAUUUGAUACUUUGGCUAAAGCACUUAAUACCACAGAUGGUACAGCAGCUCAUAACUUGGCAGAUGGGAUGGAUCCUACAGGAGGAGGGAAUAUUCAUGUAAUCAGUAGAGAUCAGUCAACACCAAUUAUUGAAGUGGAAGGACCCCUACUUACAGAUACACAUGUCACAUUUAAGCUGACAAUGCCUAGUCCAAUGCCAGAGUACCUUAAUGUACACUACAUCUGUGAGUCAGCAUCACGACUACUUUUCCUCUCUAUGCACUGGGCUAGGUCCAUACCUGCAUUUCAAGCUCUGGGGCAGGACUGUAAUACAAGCCUUGUGCGUGCCUGCUGGAAUGAGCUGUUUACCUUAGGCCUGGCACAGUGUGCACAGGUGAUGAGUCUGUCUACUAUCCUAGCAGCUAUUGUCAACCAUCUCCAGAACAGCAUACAGGAAGAUAAACUUUCUGGAGACAGAAUAAAGCAAGUCAUGGAGCACAUCUGGAAACUUCAGGAGUUCUGUAACAGCAUGGCCAAGCUCGAUAUUGAUGGAUAUGAAUAUGCAUACCUUAAAGCUAUAGUCCUCUUUAGCCCUGAUCACCCUGGUCUGACCAGUUCAACCCAAAUAGAAAAAUUCCAGGAGAAGGCACAGAUGGAAUUGCAGGACUAUGUACAAAAAACCUAUCCAGAAGAUACUUAUAGGCUAGCCCGGAUUCUAGUUCGCCUGCCAGCACUUAGGCUAAUGAGCUCUAGCAUUACUGAGGAACUAUUUUUUACUGGUCUCAUUGGAAAUGUUCCCAUUGACAGCAUAAUUCCCUACAUUCUCAAAAUGGAAACAGCAGAAUACAAUGGUCAAAUAACUGGCACAUCUGCGUAGUGGGAACAACACAAUUUGAUGGAUUGAAGUAAUUUUUGUAAAAACAUAAAAUUGCGACGUUAAAAGAAUAGCAUUUUGGUAUGUACAAAUGUUUCCAACUUGUUAUCAGUUUCCUGUCAGAUUUCUCCUUGUCUCUUUGCUGACAUUGAUGAAAUUUAAGCAGCUAUUAAAAGACCUGCUAUAGGACCUUUUCUGCCACAAGGAAUAUUUUUGAUGCCUUUCAUUAAAAGGCUAUAGAUUACUGAACAUACUUUUCACAUGCUUUGUAUUUAGAAGUUACCAGUGGUUAAAAAUAGAGUUUUAUAAUAUCAGAGAUUAGUAAUAAAAUUGCUUUAAAAGUAAAAAGAACAGUAUGUAUAUAUUUAAAAAUAUCCUUGGAAUUAAUAUCUAAUAAAUGCCAGGGUAUAAUACUAGCACUUUGUAAGCAUUUCUUGUCAAAGCGACAAUGUCAUUAACAUCCUGCUUAUAUGAGUAUGGAAAAUGAAAAAAAUUGCGUAUGUCCUUAGUCAAAAUGCUAGUGAUUUCUGUGAAAAUGUAGAAUCCCACAGGAGACAAUCAUUUAUUCUACAAAAAGUCACUUGUUUUUACAUUAUGCAUGAAAUAUUAAUGUGGAUUCUUAAAUCAGAUAUCCACAUUAUAUGAAACUAUACUAUUAAAUUAGUGCAGUUGUAAUUCACAGUGCGAUGCAGUCAUAGUGACUAUUACGUGCUACAGUAAUUACCCAAACUAGGAACAAAAAUGCGUUUCUUGCCCUAGUAAUAAUGAAAUAUUCAGGUUCCUUGAAGUUUCCAUUCAGAGCAACAGAGUCAUGACAAAUGUUACUCUAAUAGGAAGCCUUUUAUUGGUGGGGAAAAUCAGUCAUUAACUGGAAGAACAGUAGUUUUCAAAUAGAGCUGUGUGAUGCUCUUUGGGUAUGCUCUUUGUAUUUCCAAAUUUACUCCUCCCUGUGCUCCUAAACACCCUCAUCAUCCAGCCAAAGGUACAAUUUAGAAACUGAAAUGCGUAGAACAUCUGGCUGUCAACAGGAGUGUCUUAUAAAGCACUCUUACUUUAUUUGUCCCCCCUUUCCCUGACUGAGCACUUCCAAUUUUGCAGUGCUCUCAACCUUCCUAUGACUCAGUUUGAAGCUGCAAUGUGGUGAGGAUUUACAUUCAGUCAUGCACAAUUGCAGUUAAUGACUGAUGUACCAUGAAGGUAUAAAAUGAACUACUUCUUAAAUGUCUAGAGUGAUGAGCCAGCGACAUGUUUUCUAGUAUUCACUGUUAGCUGCUAGUACUGCUUUCAUGUUAGUAUAAUUUAUUGACAUUAAACAUUUUAAACAAUCAAAGUUUUUUUAAAAAAGUCAUGGCAAUUAAUACCUGCAGUCUGAUCCCGAUUCAUUGGGUGCAUCAAUUAUUUUAAUUAUGUGUAUGGUAGAUGCAUUUCCUACUUGUGUAUUUUUAUGUGACAGAAAUGUAAUGACAAGUUCAGCACCUUUGUUCUUCUUCUGUUACUGACAUUUAUUUAGAAACACCAACCAGGCUGGUGUUCAUGUUUUUUAAGGGUCUGAAUAGUAGCCAGAAGACCUUAAGCAGCUCUAGAUGAGGCUUCUGAUGUAAUAAAAAGUCUUGACCUGCUAUACGUCCUUCUCAUUAGGAGGCUUACAUUUGUAGCACUCUUUGUGACAUGGAAGGUUGCUUCAUUUUAGUUUCUGGAUGCAUUAAAGAUUUCUGCAGUUACCAUUGUUAGAGCGUUCAGAAUCUUCUUUUCUCAAAAGGGUGUUACAAAGAAUCCAAGAUACAUGCGGAGAUUUGUAAUACUGCACUUUCAUUUCUCUCAGCUUUUGCUAUAGCAAAUGAAAUUGUAAUAUUUUUAAUGUGAUGGAAGGUCUGCACUCUGAACGUUAACUGGAAUGCAGAAUUUUGUGCUAGCUGUUUUAUUGGAGUGUAACUUCUUGCAUGAUUGUGUCAGCGCUUCCAGCACAAAGUCCCUGUUUUAAGGGAUGUUGUGAUACUAACAACAUCAGAAGAAGUAGCUACCUUGGAAAGAGUUGUGGCUGUUAUUGUUAAAAUUUAAAAUUUUAUUGGGUUAUGUCAUCGUUUUUCUAAAGCAGUAUGCAUUGAACUAUUGUGAUAUUUUUCAUUGCAAAAAAGAUGAUGCAGUUUAAUUCGCUUUCAGUAUUUUGUAAAAAUCAUUUAAGCAGAUAAGUAAGCAUUGUUAAUGGCAAAUGAAAUAUUCCUUUAGCACAAAAACUAGCCAUUGGAAUCUUUUUAUCCCAAAUUUGAAUACACACCAGCUGACUUUUUCAUGACAACUUCCAAUUUUUCAAGUAAAAGGACCCCAUUUUCUGUGCAAAGAUUUGGUUUCCUAAAUUUUCUUACUUGUGAUGUGAGCAUAACAGUUCAGGAAACAAAAUAAAGCUGCCACAGUUUUUUGGGAGCAGAGAGAUCGCAUGAAAUAAAACUUAAAAUGUGUGCUUUGUAUUAUAUUUGUAAAUCAAAGUGGUAAAUAUCAUGCAGCUCUGUUUACAAAUAAACUACAUUCCCUACAAAUGCAAGGCUGCACAAUGCUAUCCUUGAUCCAUCUUUGGUAGUCACUUACUCUGCAAAUAGUUCCCAGGACUUUAGGGAUGAAAUAUUAAUUUGUGUAAAUGAAGUAACAACAAUGCAAUCCAUAGCUAGGGUUUAUUUAUUGUACAUGCAUUUAACAGAUGAAAUGAAGCAGUUCCAUGCUUAAGAUUCUGAUAUUACCAAAAGCUAUAAAGUCUCUCUUCGUAUAGCAUCAUCAGCAUGAUUUGCUGGCUUGCAUUAGUCAGAAACAAGCUAAUUUAGUCCUUACGCAUUUAAUAAAAAGUGCUUUCUCUAACUAUACACUAUUUUGACUCCAAGAAUAACAGUUUGGAUUGUAGAAAUUUGGAUGGCAGAUGGUAGAUCCUAGAGCUUAAGAAAUAUUCAGAAUCUAAAAUGUUUUACAUAUUUGAAUAUUAGCUAUGAAUAAUAAGAUAGAUGUGAUGAAUAACCUAACACAUCUUUCUCAGAUGCUCCUCAAGGGCUGUCAUAAAAAUGAGCCAAAGAUUUGGCAUAUGAUGGAGAGACACUGAACGGAAUCACUUAAACAAUGCCAUAUAAAACUAUGAACCAUCUUCUCCAGUGCAGUAGGGCUCCUUCGCACUAAAUUUCAAGUGUGAUCACAGAACAGCUGAGGUUGGAAGGGACCUCUGGAGGUCAUCUGGUCCAACCUCCCUGCUCAGGCAGGGCCACCCGCAGCCAGCUGCCCAGGACCACGUCCAGGUGGCUUUUGAAUAUGGCCAAGGAUGGAGACUCCACAACCUCCCUGGGCAACCUGUGCCAGUGCUCAGUCACCCUCAGUGUGAAAAAGUGUCUCCUGAUGUUCAAGGGAACCUCCUGUGUUUCAUUUUGUGCCCAUGGCCUCUGGUGCUGUCACUGGGCACCACUGAGAAGAGCCUGGCUCCAUCUUCUUUGUACCCUCCCUUUGGGUAUUUACACACAUUGAUGGGCUCCCUCCUGAGCCUCCUCUUCUCCAGGCUGAACAGUCCCAGCUCUCUCAGCCUCUCCUCACAGGAGAGAUGUUCCAGUCCCUUCAUCACCUUCAUGGCCCUUUGUUGGACUCUCUCCAGUAUGUCCAUGUCUCUCUUGUACUGGGGAGGCCAGCACAGGUCACAGCACUCCAGGUGUGGCCUCACCAGUGCUGAGUAGAGGGGAAGGAUCCCCUCCCUCGAGCUGCUGGCCACGUUUUGCCUAAUGCAUCCCAGGAUACUGUUAGCCGUCAUUGCGGCAAGGGGAUGUUGCUGGCUCAUGUUCAACCUGGUGUCCACCAGGACCCCCGGGUCCUUUUCUGCCGAGCUCCUUAUGUGCUGGGUGGCCCCCAGCAUAUACUGGUGCCUGGGGUCAUUCCUCCACAUGGGCUGGACCUUGUGCUUCACCUUUUUGAACUUCAUGUGGUUCCUCUUGGCCCAUUUCUCUAGCCUGUCAAGGUUCCUCUCAAUGGUAGUACAACCCUCUGGUGUGUGAAGCAGUGAAGCUACUUAUCUACAAGUGAUCUAGGUGUAAUCUAGCAGUGAAGCUAUUUUAGCUCAUUCAAAUAAAUCUUCCAUUUAUGUCCAUCAAUAGAAGACAGAUGUUCAAGAGUCACAGAACUGAUGAAGGGAUUCUUUCUGCCAACAGUUUAGGUGUUGCCUUGUAGCAAUAAAAAAAGGCACAUCUAUGGAAAACAGGCCCCACAAAGUUGUUCUUGCCCUGCGUUCACCUUUGACAAUAUUUUCAGCUUCUUCUGGUGAUUGGGUUUUCAGGCCACUCUAACAUAAUGAAGGUAGAACAAUAUACACAGUACAGCUGCAGACUCAAGCAAGUUUUAAACUACCUGCAGGAAAUACCACAAGGCUGAUGCAGAUCUUGUAAUUUGUGAGGAUUUUUCCAUCCCCACUGCCAGUAACUGGAAGAUGGUAACAGGCUAAUCUUACUAGCUUCACUUUUAAAUGAGUUUCAUUUUGUUUCUUCUUUGCAAGUGCAAACUUUGCUUAAGAAUAUGGGGCAGGAGAGUUUUUGUAUUAUUGUAACAAUUAUUGAAAAACUAUCUCUUGAUUUUAAGUAUGGAAAUAGCUUAUUUUCAUAAAGGCCAAAUUUCAGUGCCAAACUUCUGUUUACAGAAAUAGGAGUCAAAAGGAUCACAGUCUGAAAAUGAUUCUAAGUGACAUCUCACGGAAGCUCUACUUAGUGCCUGAAAUUCACUCUCUCCAGAAUUUUUGAGGUCUGUUUCUGUUGCUCUUGAAAUGAAAAUAUUUUAAGUUGGUAGAAAUAUAGCGAUACAUGAUGUGGCCAGAUCUAUCUGAACUUGAGUACAUGUGUAUAUCAGUAAUAAUUCAUUCAGACAAAUGUUAGAAUUCUGUGCUGACAGAAACUAGGGCAUGCAGGGAGUGAUAAUAAGGCAAUAAUGUCCAUUUUCCAUGUGCUUCAUUUGUUUUCAAACUCUUUUGAGGAGGAACUGGAUUUGAAUCUUGUAGGUAAAAAGAACUGUAGGAGCAUUUUGGAUUAGCUUUGUAAUAAUGAUUUUUAUUGCAUUUGUGACAAGGACAAGAAGGUAUACUAUUUCCCUUAAUUUACUUACAUUGGACUAAAGAGAUACAGAACUAAGACUAGGUGCAAAAGUCACAUUCCUUGUAAAUUAGAGACAAUGCUUUUGGUGCCAGUGGAGUUACUCUGGCAUGAAACUGGUAGAAGAAAAAAAUAAUCUCCAAGGAGAGAUCCUUCAAAAACAUCAUACAAGCCUUUAUUUUAGCUGCCUUAAAAUGUUAGAUUACUAAGGAGGCUUAGUUUUCAGAGCGCUCUGAGGCAAGAAACUGUUGUUGGACACCACUGAUUACUUGGUAUCAUUUACCAAUUCUCUUUUUACCAUCAUCUGAAGCACUUGGCCCCUGGGGCAGCGGUAAUGCGUCCAGUGAAUAGCACUGACUCAGGAUUUCUGUGCUGAAUACAGCUGGCUCUGCAUUAUCAUUAUAGUACCCUUUGGCAAAGGGCAUAUUCCAAGGUGUGGUAGGGAAACGAGUCAAGGUUGAAGCUUCCAGGGGAAACCACUUUCCUGACAGUUUGCUGCCUUUGGCAGAGACUGUAAAACACUUCAGUGUUUUCACUGUUACAUACAGUACAUGGGAGUUCCACACGUUUCUCAGUGAUUACAUGCAAGAUGCUGAAGAUGCAAGUACAUUUUCCUGCCCAUUAAAAUUAAGAAGGUAGUUAGGAUUCUUCCCUGAUUGCCUGCUGUUUAAUUAGUAAGGAUAAUUUCAAAAAGCACCAAACAGCAUGAGUAGCAAGGGUAUCAGGAAUACAGUUUAGCCAGGAAAAGGGAACUGGCAAUUAUCGGGUUGAGGAUACUGCCAAAGAAGCAGCGACCAGGCAGCUUUCUGCAGGAACAGCACCAGUCUGGGGCCCUGUUUGAAUGGGAUGGUGUGAGCCGUAGACUGGUAGGAAUCAGACUUAUACAGGUGCACCAGCAAACACCUACAGGGUAAUAAUCACCCUGGGAAAAAAAAAAAAGUUUUUUUUCUAUUUGAAAUCCCUCUCCUCUCCUUCGGUCACUCUUUAAGAGUGCACAAGCAGGGUAGGUUAGUUGGUUCUUUUUCAUCUACUCUUGCCCAUAAGGGAAAAAGCAGAAAUACCAGGCAAACAAGAAGUAGGUUCCCAUCUGUCCCAGUAGUUUGCCAUACUUGCUGUACAACAGAACAGCUGCUGUGGUGGUUUGCUCUGAUGAUAAGCAUGGGCCUGCUGUGAGAGCAGCAUGCAACAUCUGCAGUCCUAAUGCCUCCAUAUAUCCAGGGAGAAUCAACAAAAUAAGGCCAUGUUCACCCUAUAGAGGAGAGUAACGGGCAGAGGAAGGACAAAUCGCCAGCAUCUGCUAGAUCUUGAAUGACACAAAAUCAGUUUAAAAAACAGCUUGAUCUGAAAAAUUACCAAGAGGGCGUGGCAAAGGGAGAAAAUGAAAGCAUUUACUUUUUGCACCUUUUAAUUUUAAAGUUGCUGAGUCAUUUUAACGGUAAAUUCUCCUGAACUAAGUUCAGGCUUAUUGUUUGAUGAAAAAUGCCAUAAGCCCUCUUGUUCAAUAAUGCUACAACCCUACUUCUGCUGCAAUCACUGUUACCAACAUUAUAUGGGAAAUUAUGUGUGCAAGAAAAAAUUUAGAAUAUUAUUUAUACUGAUGUUGCAAGUUGAAGAAAAAUUCUUCAUAAAGUAUAAAUGCUCUAAGUCUAAAUAGACUUGGAAAACACCAAACACUAGAAUUACCUGAUUACUGAGCUUUUCGUUGUGAAGCCAUGCAAAGUUCAUCGCAAAUAAUACCGUCAUAAUGUUCCAUAAUUCCCACAGCCAGUUUUAUUCACCGAGUUACAUGAAUGCUUUGAAAAUGGCUUAUUAUUGUUAAAUUCAUGCCUGUGUUCCUUCUUUUUAAAGGGUUUGAUAGAUUGUUACACAUCUUUAUUUUGUGCCUCCCACCAUUGUGCAUUUCUGCAUGUUCAAUUCUAAAACUCACUCGAGCAGCUAAUGCAUAUGUACAUAGUUGUAUGUAUGUGUGUAUGAAUGUAUAUGUUUAUACCUAUCUGUCUAAAUAUAUUAUGUACAGUGUAUAGAAAGUGUGUAGUGUAUGUAUAUAUGUACAGCUACAUAGCCAUGUAUUCAUAGCGUUCUGUAUGCUAGAGCUUUUCAUUCAUUUGCUAAUGCAGAGCUUCCUAGUUUUCAUUUCUUAGCCCAAACUAAGCCUCGCUUAAGCAGGUGAAUCCUCAUGAAUUUCACAGCUUUGCACCUUUUUCUAAAACCAGCCUGAAUUUAGUAUUUCCUGUUCAGAACUGACAAAUAUAUUCUAUGAAUUCUCUGGCUUUUACCUUUUCUCAUUUGACAUGUAGAAGUCUGCCAGUGACCGUUAAUUAAUAGUUAAUUGAACAUAUAAUGUCUCUUAAAAAUAAAUGAAUAAAUAACUAGCUACAGUCAUAGAAAAUACCUCCCUGUUUUCAAUAUAUACUCAUUCUCUUUCAGCCUUCUGAGAGACAUUUUUGUAAAAUUUUGUUUUGUGGUGAAACUUGGUAAGAGUUUUUUUUUUUUUAAGUCUUCAGCAGUGGCUAACUGGAAGACAAAUAAGUUGCCCUUUAUCAUUGAACUGUAGCACACAGAACACGAUGCAAUGGAUGCUGUUUAAAAAAUCAGUACUCAUAUUGCCAUAAUGAUAACAUGAAACCAAACUGUUAGUUAAACAAAGACUAUGUCCUCCAUUCAGUGAAACAACACUUCUUUUACAGUGGCAAUUAAAUAAGAGGGAGAGUGCAGUUGGUUUAUUUCUUAGCAAGCAUCAAGACGUAGGAUUUUCGCGAUGGAUUUCAAUUGUAUAUUCACUUUUCAAAGUUACUCUCUUUAUCGUCUAGCUUAAACCAAACAAAGCUGGUUAGUUCGUUUGGUUGUCACACUAAUGUCCAUUUUCCCAGUCUGUCCUUUCCUGUAAGUGUCUUGCACUCUGUGUGUGAAGUUUCCAUAGUUCACAUGGGAGCUGGGCACAUGGAGCAUUUAUGAAAUUAGACUUGCAGUAAGAUACGUUGUUACUCAUAGGGGGUAUUCAAAUAUUUGAAUUAUCAAAAUAUAAGGAUUCCUUGUCCCUUUUCCCUUCCAAUGACUUAAGUUAUGAAGAAGCCCUCUGUAAAAGUAAUUCUGUUAACUUUGGUUUUUUAACAGGCCGUGUAGGGGAGCAGUUCGGCAAGGGUUGUUUCUGUCAUACUAAAAAGGUGAAGUGGAAUUUUCUGGGCAUUUCUUUCCACCUUUUGUAGUCAAUGUGGCAAAGACUUGUGUAUGUUUAAGCAGAUGAGCAGACUCCAGUUAAAACGAUGUGAGCUUCUUGCAUGCUUAAAGUAAAACACAAGUCACCUUCAGAGUCAGGCCUUCUGCUUGUAAAGUCUUUGCUAUGGAAAAAUGCUAAGAUUGUUCUCUGUUUCUCGCUGUAUCGUUCAGUAAGCUUUUCCAAGCUUUUGUUUCAAAUAUAGAAAAAAAAAUGUAAAACAUCCACUUUAACAUUUCAAACCUCUUUUUUUUUUUGAGAUUUUCAGCAGGAAAAUUAUUUAAAUUAAUGGCAGGAAUUCCUGUGACAGAUGGUCCUUCAUUGGUGUCUUGACAAUCAGUGCUGUUUGAAUAAUGUUUGCUUUCCUCUUUAAAGGCUGAAUGGAAACCUGAAUGUCUAUUAAUGUCGUCGUACUGUAGUAACAUUUUUAAAGAUUAGGAAGCCAACUGGGGUAUUGAUCAGGAUCGAAUCUGUUUAAAAAUUCAAUUGUGAAUUCAGAACAAAGACCAUAUUUUAGAAUUGUGAACUCAUUUGAUAUACACGUUUGAAUUGUUUGUAUUCUGAAGGACAAAAUCGUGCUCAAUUUCAAGUGGUAAUAAAGGCUUUGUUGUGAUAUUCUGUGGAAACUGUGGAAUGUGAAAUCAGUUUUCUGUAUUUGAUCCCAGAAAGCAGAAGUCUGAGAAGCGCACCUAUUGCCUGGUAUCCAGCACCCCUGAAUAACUGCCUUGUCCUACAUCUUUUAGUGAUCUUAGAUGAAUGAUAAGGCGGCACAGGUCCAUUUUAAAAUAUUCUUUAUGAUUGUGGGUUAAAAGUAGGACUGAAUAAAUUUCAAAGAAAAAGGAUAUUCUUUAAGAAGAAAACAUGUUGCUUACAGAGUAUAUAUGUUAAAUUUCCCAUACAUGGAAUCAACGUUAAAUGUAGGAAUGUUUGUAAUAAUGAAUCUGUACUACAAAAUACCUUGCAAGCCAUUGUUCACACAGUUUCGUAACUGAAAAACUGCACAUCGUGGAAGCGUUGUAUCUAUUUGGCAUACCAGGAUGUUCUGAGCUCCUGCAAAAAUAGCAAAUUUUUAUAAAAGGAAUCAUCUACUAAUUCCUUGGGACAUUUUCUGGAAGUCUCUGUUUGAUAUAAUUUAGAAAACUGUUGUUUAUAUUAUUAUAUUUUAAUUUCAAGUUAAAACCUUACAAAAGUUGGUAAAUUUCUCCGAGCUUCUUUUGUGAAAUCGGCAUUGUUUUGUGUGAUAGCAUUUAAAAAUAAUAGCAUGUUCUUUUUUUAAUCUGAAUUUUAUAUCUAAUCAAUGUCUUCAGUCAUGAAGAGGAAUUUGCAUUGUUGUGUUUGUAUAUAGAGUAUUGCAGUGCAUGAUUUAGCUUAUGCAUUUUAUUAAAUGCUGUUUAAAUGUGGCAUUA